AUGAAAACAAGGAAAAACCAGCAGACCAGAACGUACGUGGAAGGUGCAACAGCAAAGAGUGAGACAUCUUUGAACAAACCCGAACAAGUUAUAAGUACGACGGCCAACACAGGACACAGAGUCAGGGGUGCAACCCAAGUCUUACUACAGACAGCAACUGUCUAUGCUCUUAACACAGAGAAUUCCAGAAGUGUAAAA